GCUUCUUCUUAAAACCUUCCAAUGACACCAUUUCUCGGCUCACUGUCCAUUGAAAAUUCGCACUCUUACGACCAUACGUUGCGGUACAAUGUACCUCUUUUGUCUCAACAGGACGCUGUACGAUUAUAUGUAUGUGCUCGUCGGCUGGCUGGGAGGUAAAAUAUUUGCUAAUCUUCGAAAGCGGUUUCAACUCUACACCUUCAAGUUCCUCCUUAAUAUUAACGUUUAUUUUUGUGUUGACGAGCUUAAGUUUUUCGUUUUCUUCUUCGAAGGAAAUGU